GGUGCUCGUUUUCGAAGCACAAGACCCCUUGAAAACAAAGGCAUAUAAAUACAGUCUUGCUGGAAAUAUUCAUAGUUUACGUCAAACAUUAAAAAUUUUAUUAUGCAUUCCUAUUGUUCUUGUAAAAUUCUUGUUCGUUCAUUGUAUGUAUUGUAUUAUUCAAACCAUUUAUUUGUAUGUUAAUCAAAAUCUAUUUAAACGAUAUGAUACAAUACAUUGUACGAAUAAGAAAUAAGAAAAGAAUAUAAAAUGUUAUUGUAUACGUUAAUAGGAAGUUAUGUGUUAACAUCAAUGAUACUUUUCAAGUAUCCAACGUUAUUACACAAGAAGAAAAAAGUAAAAUUUAUGUGUCAGCAUAUCAGUCAUAGAGGCGGAGCCGGAGAGGCUUAUGAAAAUACAAUGUUUGCCUUUAAACGGGCUGUGACAGUUGGAACGGAAAUGUUAGAAUUAGAUUGUCAUCUUACAAAAGAUGGAGAAGUUGUUGUAUCCCAUGAUCAAAAUCUUUUGCGCAGUGCAGGUAUAAAUAAAAACAUUUCAGAAAUGAAUUACAAAGAUCUACCUCUGUUGAAACCGUGUCUUCCUAUUGACUUUGAUCCAGAUGUAGAAUAUGUUGGCACAAAGAAGGAGGAAGACAGGCAAUUUCCAUUAUUGAAAGAAGUAUUUGAGGCAUUUCCUAAUAUGCCAAUUAAUAUUGAUAUUAAGAUUAAUGAUGAUCAACUAAUAGAAAAGGUGUCAGAUUUAAUUAAGGAAUACAAUCGUGAAGAAUAUACAGUGUGGGGAAAUUUUAGUGAUGAAAUAACAAAAAAAUGUUAUAAAAUGAAUCCAAAUGUAAAUUUGUUGUUUUCUAUGAAACGUGUAACUCAGUUAUUACUUCUGUUGUAUACUGGUUUAUUGCCAUUUGUACCUCUGAAAGAAACACAUUUGGAGAUAUUUCUACCUUCCAUAUAUUUGCGGCGUAAAGGCGGUCCAAAUCCAACAUUUCUACCUUUGGAAAAAUUUGUUGCACGUACUAUGAACGUAUUAUUAAUGAGGCCAUGUUUAUUCAAUCAUCUAAAGGCUCGUGGAAUACAUGUUUAUUUUUGGGUCCUGAAUAAAGAGGAGGAGUUUAAAAAAGCUUUUGAUCUUGGAGCAACCGGUGUGAUGACCGACUACCCCUCAAGAUUAAAACUAUUUUUGCAAAAUUAUUCUUUUGAAGAAGGUAAAAUAGACUUAGAAAAUGGCUAAAAAGAUUAAUAACUAUUAGGCAAAGCUAAAUAUCUGUUUACUUUCAAGAGGUACACAUGUCAUUGUAGAUGAACACGUAUAAUGCUUUCUUCUUUAAGUAGUUAAAUGUUAUUUAAAAAAUAUAUUUUCAUUUUUACAUGUUAACUAAAAUUAAGCAAAUGAGAAUAGCUUAUUUAGAAAAAUUACACGCGGUAUGCACAAAGAAAUACAUCUAGGUUUAAUGAAAAAAGAAAUAUUUUUCCUAUGUAAUCUAGUUCAGAUCGACUUAAAAGCUUUAGAUAAAAUAUUAAGAGAGUUUCAUAAACAUUGUAACUCACGAGUAAAGCAUUCUAAAAGUACAUUUUCGACUGUAAUCAAACGUAUCUGAUAUUUCAGUUACACGUUUGUAAACAUGUUGUAUCAAACUGUUCUUUAAACAUAUUUUUACAUGUUAAAACUUUGCACGAUUUGGUUACAAUUUCGGUCACAUUUUAGUUCACAUUUAUUCUGCUAUAAGUAUUAUGCUAACUACCAGUGAAUGAUAAACCAAAGUUACUAAUAAUACUUAUGUAUUAUUUAUUAUUAUAAAUACUGCACAUAUAGAAUGUAUUUAUUAAAUAUUAAUAGUUAUUUACGUAAAAUUUAUUGUUGAAUAUUUUCAAACACAAAAAUUAGUUGAAUUCACAAAUAAUGUAUAACUUUAUAUACAAUAUGAUGCAUAUAUUAAUACAACAUAAUAACAAAUACUAUUGGCAAGUUUUGGCAAAGAAGUGUAUAGAAUAUAGUACAAAUUACGUUCAAAAUAAAUUAUUUUUUUAACUUA